CCCGCGGUGCGCCACCACAGCGGCCAUUUCCGUCACAAAUCUGCCGAAGUGUGGGACCCUCAUCCUAAGUACGAAAUAGAUGCCUUCGGUAAGAAGAUCCUGCUCGAAUUGGAAUUUAACGACAGAUUCGUCGGCCCCAAUCUACACAUCGUGACCCACCAUAACGAGAAUCUGGUCGAGAGGGUACCGCAUGAUCCUAAAGUAACGGGGUGCUUCUACACUGGAAAAAUCAGAGACGAUCCCAGUUCAGACGUAGCGGUUUCCUUAUGUCACGGGAUGACCGGCUACAUCAGAUCUUCGGACAGCAAUUACUACAUCGAACCCGCGGAGAACUUCACGUCCGGCAACAUGGACACAAUCCUGCACCGCAUUAAACAAUUGCCACACGUCGUCGGCAAAGAUACCAACGAAGUGCUCGAUCUGGGCGAAUUGGAAGCCAAUUACGUCACCAACGGAAACCACACGAUCAUCGAAGACGACUUCCCCGCCGAGAUCGUCGAGCGUCGCUCCCAAAAGCACCACUCGGUCGGUAAACGGGACAUCUUCUUCGACGACUCGGGCAGCGAUGACGUCAUCUACGACGUCAGGGAAUCGGCCGAGGAGAUCUACAGGACGACGAGGGAGGUCGACUACGACGUCGGCUACAAUCGCGGAAGCCGCGAGUAUUUUGUGAAAGUCCUCGUCGUAGCUGACAAAGCGAUGGUCGAGUACCACAAGACCACCGAAGAGCUUACCAGAUAUAUUUUGAUUCUGAUGUCUCACGUGGCUUUACUAUUCAAAGAGCCGUCUAUCGGAAACGCAAUCAACAUCGCUGUGGUACACAUCCGCAUAUUAAAAGAAAUAGACUUUACAAAUUUACUGUCUCAUGAGAUGUUGAGCAAAUUCUGCGAAUGGCAGCAGAAACACGUCACCGAUAGAACUCACGACGUAGCUCUGUUGCUAACCAGGCACACCAUUUGCAAAGAUUCGUGGUCUUGCAACACACUGGGCGUGGCUCAGGUCAAUUCCAUGUGCAGCCCGUCGGGAUGCACCAUCGUCAGAGACAAGGGCCUCUCCACGUCCUACACGAUAGCCCACGAGUUGGGUCACGUGAUGAGUAUGCCCCACGACGAGGGUACCGAUUGCGAGCCCCACAACAACGGCAAACCCAAGACCAACAGUAUCAUGAGCAUGACCCAAGCCAAGAAUGAUUCCAAGCCGUUUACGUGGUCGUCAUGUUCCAAGCACUACGUCACUGAUUUCUUAGAUUCAUCCAAAGCCAAAUGCGUCCAGUAUCCCCCGAUCAACAACCAGAUCUUCUCCAACUUCACCUACAUGCUGCCCGGCGACUCUUUCGAGGUGGACAGCCAGUGCGAGUUAGAAUUUGGACCCGGCUAUAGCAUUUGUCCCCUGGAGACUAGCGGAGAGCCUCCAUGCGGUCACCUGUGGUGCAUCAACUCGAGAGGCGAGUGCAGGAGUCAGUUGUCGCCUUGGGCGGAAGGCACCAAGUGCGGACCACGCAGCUGGUGCUACAGGCGGCAGUGCAUAUCGGACGAUAGACGCAGUUUCGUACCCAUAGACGGCGGUUGGGGGCCGUGGCAGGAGUGGGGACCCUGCAGUCGUACCUGCGGAGGCGGAAUAAGGAAGUCGAUCCGGUAUUGCGACUCGCCGAGACCGGAGAAUGGCGGGUCGUAUUGCCUCGGUGAGAGCACGCAGUACAGUUCCUGCAACGUGCAGGACUGCGACGAAAACGCCAAAGAGUUUCGGGCGAUACAGUGCGCGGAAUUCAACGGCAUCACCAAGAACAUCCCGAAUUUGACCAACGACACCGAAUGGGUGCCGAAAUACGGUCUGGGCUCGGCCAAAAAUCCGGACGACUACUGUCGACUGUACUGCCGCCCGCAGAACUCGAACGCGUACUACAUGCUCAAGGACAAGGCUGUGGACGGCACUAAGUGUGGCAAGAGCGGUUUCGACAUCUGCGUCAGCGGCACCUGCAGACCAGGCGGGUGCGACAAUCAGCUCGAUUCGAAGAGGGCGCUCGACGAAUGCGGUGUGUGUGGCGGCGAUAACAGCAGUUGCCAGGAGAUCACGGGCACUUAUAACAGUUCCGCGGAUCAGGUCGGGUACAACAGGGUUGUGCGCAUCCCGAAAGGCAGUUCCAACCUGAACAUACGGCAGCGAAGCCACGGGAACGACGAGAAUUUUUUAGCUUUAAUCGACGGGGAAACCGGUCAGUACAUAUUAAACGGAAAUCAGAUGUUGAACAUGCAAGAAACCGACGUGAAGUUCGAUCAACUGACGAUCAAGUACAGUGGCGUGUCUUCGGAAACCGAAUGGAUAACAACCCCGAAGAACCAAAAGCUGAGUAAAGAUUUGAUAGUCGAGGUCCUGUCCGUGGGCGGUCUGUCGCCGCCCGACAUCCUCUACAGAUACGUCAUCGGCAAGGACGCCGCCCCGAGUGCGUCCGUUUCCAGAUACGGCUGGCGCCUGUACCAGAAGGAGUGGUCCAAGUGCAACUCGAUCUGCGAGGGCGUCCAGUACCGUAAGCCGACGUGUGUGGAGCUAAUCAACGGCAACGAGGUCCACAGCAGUUACUGCGACAAUUCGGACGUCGAAAGCGCGACCGAGAAGAGACAGUGCAACGCGCACUGCGAGCUCACUUGGUACAUCGUGUCGAAGGGACCUUGCUCUCCGCACUGCGGCAAGGGUUACCGACGCGUCCACUACAACUGCAUGAAGAUAUCGAAGAAGAAACAGAGCUACAGCGAAAUCGUCGACGAGAAGCACUGCAACGUUCUGGCGAAACCACCCUCUUCGGAACCGUGCUCCACCGUCUGCAACACCACCAGGUGGGAUUACUCGAGCUGGUCGGAGUGCUCCAAGACAUGCGGGGGCGGUACCCAGAGGCGUACGGCAAAAUGCGUCGACGAAAACAACGUUUCCAUCGACGAUUCCCAUUGCCGCAACGCCGAGAAGAUCGUCGACCAAAUGUGCAACACGGAAAAGUGUCCUGUGUGGAUGAUAGCAGACACUUCUGCCUGUUCGGCACCCUGCGGCGGAGGUUACGCGAACAUAACCUAUUAUUGCGUGCUGGGCGGUCGGAUAUACGACAACCACAAGUGCGACCCCGCCCUCAAACCUCCCGACUCGGAAAGGUGUAAUGAGCGGGCUUGCGGUAGAUGGGCCCCCCAAGACGACUACCUGCCUUGCUCGGUCACGUGCGGCGAGGGCGUGGAGAGGCGGUAUUACGUGUGCAAAAAGUUCGAUUCGGAAGAGGUGUUGGACAGGAAGUACUGUAGGGGUUUGAGGAUGCCCAGAGAAGAGUCGAGGCCUUGCUACCGGGGAGAAUGCGAGGAGAUGGAUUACUUUAAGAUUACCAAAACUCCGCACGUCGGACAGUUCCACCACAACGCGAUAACCCACAACUCCGUUAACUUGUUCGACGCCUACAAGACAUUCCAAUGGGUUCCGGGCGACUGGGGUUCGUGUUCGCAGACGUGCGACGGCGGCACCAGCACCCAAAAUUUCCACUGCCGCAACGAUCUCGGCGUCGAAAACCAGCUGAUGUGCGACCUUAACCUCAAACCCGUCAACGUGAUCCGCUGCAAUGACCAGCCGUGUCCGAAAUGGAAGGUCAGCGACUGGAGCCCUGGUUGCGACCUCAAAUGCGAGAGGCGUCGCCAAGUGAGGUGUAUGGACGACACCGUAAAAACAUAUGACGACGCUCGUUGCGACAUAGCCAAAAAACCGAUCGACUCCACGAAGUGCAAGUUGUCGGAAUGUCCGCACGCCGCCAGCGCCAUACCGCGGGCGUAUUUCGACUCGAACGACGGUCAAGACAAGAGGUACAAGUGGAAAGUGGGACCGUGGAAGCAGUGCUCCAACUCGUGCGGCAAAGGUGUGAGACGGAGGCACAUCGAGUGCGAGGACUCGCUGAACGACAUAACAGUAGUCGACACGCUUUGCCGGCACCUGCGCAAACCUAAGGCCGUAAAACCGUGCGAGAGGUACAACUGCAAGUACACGUGGAUCGAGGAUAAUUGGUCCACAUGUUCGGCUACGUGCGGGCAAGGCACCAAAAGCCGCAACGUCACCUGCCACAAGGUCCAUCACGGAGGCGUCGUCGACCCGACGCCGUUGCCCGACUCGUACCGCAACCGCAUUCUGCACAAAAACUACUGUUCGAUGUUCAACAGACCGCCCACCACGGCCAAAUGUCUGCUGAGCAGGUGCGAGGAUCAAUACGCUUGGCAACCCGAUCCGUGGAAACCUUGCACGCAGCAGUGCGGUAAAAAAGGUCACCAGAUCCGCAAACUGAGCUGCGUGCGGACGAAGACUAAGGAAAAGGUGCCGAAGCACUAUUGCCCCAAGAGCCUGAAACCGCCCAGGAAGCGCAAGUGCAACCAGUGGAAGUGCCUGUACGGCAACUGCAAAGAGGUCAAGCGUUUUACGGGCACCAAGGAGAAUCGCGACUACGUCAUAUCUGUGAACGGCAGGCCGGUGAUGGUGUACUGCUACAAAAUGGACACUCCGGAACCGUUGGAGUACAUCAGCCUGCAUCCCGACAAGAUGAAUUUCGCCGAGGUGUACGAUAAAAGAUUGAGGAGCCUCGAUUCGUGUCCCUACAAUGGAGAGAGGCGCGACAGUUGCCAGUGCGAUGAAAUCGGGACGGAGAGGUCGGGCAUGACGACGUUCUACAAGGUCAGGCUCAACAUAACCUCACUAAAGAUUAUCGGUGACGAUUUUACAUUUUCAAAUCAAAUCAGAGGCCGGAGGGUACCCUACGGCGAAGCUGGAGAUUGUUACAGCCAAGUCAUAGGAUGCGGUCAGGGUAGAUUCUCCGUGGACCUCACGUCUACCUCUUUCAAGCUCUACCGGCACGUGCGAUGGAACAAAGUGGGUCAAUACGCUUCCGCCACCAUAACUCGAACGCCGACGAUUGCGCAGGGCAAAUGCGGCGGUUACUGCGGUAACUGCGUACCCGAUCCCACGAUCGGCUUGGCCGUCGAGGUGACCUAAUGGAAGCGCAGCGAACCGAAGCACCAGAAACAACCUUCAGCACGCGGGAAAGCCCGCGAGGGUAAAUCAAACUAUCCCUUCGAAGUUUGGACGUUUGGAAAAUUUAGAGAAAGCGAACUGCCAUUGGCGUGCACUCGGGACCGUACGGAUCGCUUUCGACUCCUUAAAUGUGCCUUACUAACAUACCCAUCGGGAACGAUGGCCACCCGAAAGUAUUAUAUGUUUUAGUUGGGACGCUGGGUGCCGCGUUUGUUACUUUCUGUGAUUCCCCUAACAAAAUAUUUUAUAAUCCCCGCCCUAGAGGUCGCGCUCAUCACCCCAACUGCCAGCCGUAACUGUAGCGUCUUGCCUCAUAUUGAGGCGCCCGCCCGUCUAACUAACAGAGUUUAAGGCAAAAUGGACGACGGUACGUUCCCGAAUCUCCCGGACGACUGCCUGGGGCUCUAUUCUUAAAAAAAUAAACUAAACAAGUUUAAAUGAAGUGCGUUAAGUCCAUUGUUAUAUCAAUAAUACAGUGGAAAUUAUUGAAAACGCAAAAUCAAGAUGAAUUUAUAAAACCCACCUAUAGACUUUUUCAAAAAAAAAGUUGCUUUCCUGGCAAAUACACUUUGCUUUAUUAACCUUUGUAAAGGUCCAUUAUUUGACGAACAUUUUAGAGGUUCCGUUUUGCAUAGUAAUGCACUUCCUCACUUUUCGUUAUACCCAAUAUAACACUUUCAAGAAUGUCUACUUAUCACAGAAUGACGUCAUUUUUUGGGUCAAGAAUAGGGGCUCUGGGUGUACCGCCGUCUAUUCAUUCGAACUUAGCAUUAGUAAUUAACAAUCUCGUUGCCAUGACGACUUAGUUUUUGCCUCGAAUUUUUCGUUAGGUGUUAGGUGCCAUAAAGAGACCUAAUUUUUAAAUUAUUUAAAAUAUUUAUUGAGUUUUUUUUUGUUGUAGUUUCUUCGUGUAUAUAUUAUUUAAUCGCAAACAUUUUCCGUCUAGGACAAAUCAUACUGCCACGUGUACAUAGUCUUUUAACUUAAGUUUUGGUAAGGACAAAAUAUUGUUGCGCGCGCAAUUGUUGAAUCUGCGCGUCAACGUCAGAGCUGCCUCGUCCUCCUGUAUAUUUAUUGUAGCCCGAAUGUCCGGAACCCAGCUAGGAGACAUUUUUCUAUUUUUUUUUUGCAUAACUACGAAGACUGUUGACUAAAAUAAAACACUGCUAAUUGACAGGCACAUUGUUUCAUUCGUUCCAUGUGCCCUUCAGUAAUGCUACGAUACAACUUGAAAAUAUAAAAUACAUUUUACUAAUCUGGUCACCAUAUAUUCAAGGUGUUAUGGAAUUCAGGUUAAAUAACUUACCAAGUGGAUGUGGAU